UUUCUCUCUCUAGAAAGGGCAGGCAGGCAGGCAGAAACACAAUCUCCAAGGAAAAGGAAAACACGCACAACACACUCAGACAAGCUUACAACUUUUUAUCUUGGGAUUUAAUUGCUCAUCAUUCGUAUUCAUAUUUCAUCGUACAUCUCUUUCUUGAUCCCUAUAUAUAUAUAUUUAUAUAUAUACUUCGAUUUUCAGUCUUCAUUUCCCCAGCUUAUUGUUUCAUGAUUUCCCCCUUUUGAAUCUCUCUUAACGUAUUUUUCACUUCUUUUCUAUCCCGAUUUUUCUUUAUUUUUGCACCAUUUAAUUCCCCUCACCCCCCAUGCUUUUAUGGCAUCACGAGUGCCAGCACCCAUACCAAUGAUCCAAACCCAGAAAUCGAUUUUGCUUUAAUCAUUCUUAUCGUAAUUAAGGUCAAAAUCCUGCCGUUUCUCAUCGCCCCCAAACACUUUGUUUAUUGCGCAUCGGCAUUGGUUUCACCGUUGGUAUUUAUGGCGGCGCCGCGGAGUGUGGUGGUGGAAACCGGCAGCUGGGGGUUGGAUCAGGAUGCCGAGUCUCCCUCGGGGAAGAAGCUUAAGCCGGAAAAAUUUCCCCUCUCACGGUGGGAAUUCGCGGCGGCUUUGGGGGUAUUUUUGGUAUUUUCUACCGGGUUGUUGUGCAUUUACCUCACCAUGCCUGCCGCGGAGUACGAGAUGUUAAAGUUGCCUCGUACGCUUGCUGAUCUUCGAUUGCUCAAGGAUCAUCUUGUGACUUACGCUCAAGUGAAUCCAGCAAAGUUCAUUCUAGGCUACUGUUCAACAUAUAUAUUCAUGCAGACAUUUAUGAUUCCUGGGACAAUUUUCAUGUCAUUACUAGCUGGAGCACUUUUUGGUGUUAUCAAAGGUCUUCUCUUGGUUGUCUUUAAUGCCACAGCAGGUGCUUCUUCCUGCUAUUUUUUGUCCAAACUCAUUGGCAGGCCUAUUGUUACCUGGCUGUGGCCUGAAAAACUUAAGUUUUUUCAGGCAGAGAUCGCAAAGAGAAGAGAGAAGUUGCUCAAUUACAUGCUGUUUCUGAGAGUUACUCCGACAUUGCCAAACCUGUUUAUCAAUUUGGCAUCACCGAUUGUGGAUAUACCAUUUCAGAUUUUCUUUCUUGCUACUGUUAUUGGUCUAGUUCCAGCUUCCUACAUUACCGUUAGAGCUGGGCUUGCUCUUGGUGAACUGAAGUCGGUGAAAGAUCUGUAUGAUUUCAAGACAUUGGCCAUACUUUUCCUCAUUGGGUCGAUUUUAUUAAUCCCCACCAUUUUGAAGAGGAAGCGCGUAUACGAAUAGAACAGAUACAUCCCAUUUUGUGGAGAUGGGGAUUCCUCUAUAUAUCUUACAUCCCUAAAUUUGAACUGAUACAUUAAACUGACAGAGGGCACGGCGCACCUCUUAUGAUUAUCAAAUUUAAGAAACUUGAAAUUAUAGACUAAUUGUAAUACAGAGUUAUGAUGUUGAAAUGAGGAAACCUCUCGUCUCAUAGUAUUUCCUUGCAAGGUGUACAUCCUCUUUGAAUGGCUCCGAUUGAGUAUGCUUCUUCAUGGAUGAGUUGAUUGUUGUUCAGUUGAACUUUGCGAUGUUGUGUUGGGAUUAGCUAAAUUAGUGUUCUUACAUUUAAACAAA